AUGGGUGACGAGGAAGCGGCGACCUUAGAAGGGCAGUUCUAUGAAUUUUCAAGAUUGUUCGACAACAAAAGGGACGGCACAACAAUCACUUUGUACAGAUCAGACUAUUGGCUGAGACAAACGAAACUCCUCGACGAUAGAAGGAUCACAAUGACCGAUACUGGAAUACUGUUCAAUAAAUUCAGCAAAUCGGAGUUGAACUGGGACGAGUGGCUGGAGUUCUUGACGGACCUAUGCGAGCUCAAGGGCUUGAAUUUGGAGGCCACGCAGGAGACGCUCACCAACUGUGGCCUCCCCGGACAGACGCCCGUCGCCGUGCCUCAGUACAGAGAUUUCUUCCUCACCUACAAGCCUAAGGAGAAAAUGGCUUUC